GUCGCGCGCAAGGGCCGGGCGUCUCGACUCCCGCGCGCGCUCGGCUGGUCCCAGACCCUGCAAGAAGCAGCAAAGGAGCUAGUGAGCCGGCGAGGCCGCCGAGGGGAGCGGGCGCGAGCGGUGAGCUGCCAGAGCCGCCUGCGCAAGGGCGGGCGGCUAGGGUGGCGGUCGCCUGCGGGAAGAGUAGGGGCGGCGCGGAAUCCGCAUCAGCGGAGUGUGAUGAAGCUUCCCUGCGGCGCUCCUCCGCUUGCCGCCAGCUGACACCGACAGUACCCAGCCCGCCGGGAGAGGUGACGCCGCGGGGCCGUGACCUUGGCCGAGGAGGGCAGACUGAUAAUUCCUGUAUCGGAGAGUGAGUGAGCUUGCGGGGACAUGGCCCAGGGGAAUAAUUAUGGUCAGACCAGCAACGGGGUGGCAGAUGAAUCACCCAACAUGCUGGUGUACAGAAAGAUGGAAGACGUCAUAGCACGCAUGCAAGAUGAAAAAAAUGGGAUUCCUAUUCGUACAGUCAAAAGCUUCCUUUCCAAGAUACCUAGUGUCUUCUCUGGGUCAGACAUUGUUCAGUGGUUAAUAAAGAACUUAACUAUUGAAGAUCCAGUGGAGGCACUCCAUUUGGGAACAUUAAUGGCUGCCCAUGGCUACUUCUUUCCAAUCUCAGAUCAUGUCCUCACACUAAAGGAUGAUGGCACCUUUUAUCGGUUUCAAACGCCCUAUUUUUGGCCAUCAAAUUGUUGGGAGCCGGAAAAUACAGACUAUGCGGUUUACCUCUGCAAGAGAACAAUGCAAAACAAAGCAAGGUUGGAGCUAGCCGACUAUGAAGCUGAGAGCUUGGCCAGGCUACAAAGAGCAUUUGCCCGGAAGUGGGAGUUCAUUUUUAUGCAGGCAGAAGCACAAGCAAAAGUGGACAAGAAAAGAGACAAGAUUGAAAGGAAAAUCCUUGACAGCCAAGAGAGAGCAUUCUGGGAUGUACACAGACCUGUGCCUGGAUGUGUAAAUACUACUGAAGUGGACAUUAAGAAGUCAUCCAGAAUGAGAAACCCACACAAAACCCGGAAGUCUGUUUAUGGUUUACAAAAUGAUAUUAGAAGCCACAGCCCUACCCACACACCAACACCAGAAACUAAGCCUCCAACAGAAGAUGAGUUACACCAACAGAUAAAAUAUUGGCAAAUACAGUUAGAUAGACAUCGAUUAAAAAUGUCAAAGGUUGCUGAUAGUCUACUAAGUUAUACGGAACAAUAUUUAGAAUAUGACCCAUUUCUUGUGCCACCUGACCCUUCUAACCCAUGGCUGUCUGAUGAUACUACUUUCUGGGAACUUGAAGCAAGCAAAGAACCAAGCCAGCAGAGGGUAAAACGAUGGGGUUUUGGUAUGGAUGAAGCUUUGAAAGACCCAGUUGGGAGAGAGCAGUUCCUUAAAUUUCUAGAGUCAGAAUUCAGCUCAGAAAACUUGAGAUUCUGGCUAGCAGUGGAAGACCUGAAGAAAAGACCAAUUAGAGAAGUCCCUUCCCGAGUACAGGAAAUAUGGCAAGAAUUUCUGGCUCCGGGAGCCCCCAGUGCCAUUAACCUCGACUCUAAGAGUUAUGACAAAACCACACAGAAUGUGAAGGAACCUGGACGUUACACAUUUGAAGAUGCUCAGGAGCACAUUUACAAACUUAUGAAAAGUGAUUCCUACCCACGUUUUAUAAGAUCCAGUGCCUAUCAGGAGCUUCUACAGGCAAAGAAAAAGGGCAGAAACAUCCCUAUUUUUCCAUGCCAUAAAAACUGUACACCAACACUGAGGGCCAGCACUAACCUGUUAUGAAAAGAGGGGAAAUCUCUCACGUCAAAGAAGUUAACAAGCCUUGUUCAGUCAUACUAAAAGGAUCAGCCUGUAGCAUGGAAGCAGAUUGGAGUCAUUACCCAUAUUUUGUAGCUCACUGUUACCUGGAACAGAGGACAUUAGACCAAGGUGUUGCAUGAGCAAAGGACCUGACUCGUUCUUUUUUGUGUAUACAUUUAGGCAUUGCCAUCUCCAAGGGACUCUUUACCAUCCCAAGGCCUCCAUUCAAAAUGUUGUCUGCUUACUUCCUUCUUGUACUAGGUUGGAUCAGUGUCAUUCCUUUUUAAGAAGUUCAAGUGAAGUAAAAUAUAUUUUUUAAUUUUUUUUGUCCUCUGUCUCAAAGCUUCUGCUAAACACAAAGUUCACAAAAAAUUCAGUCAGUUGCAAACUGGAUGAAUUUAAAAAAAAAAAAAAAAAGGAUAUUAAUAAAUAUACAUAUGGCUUCACAUUAUUAAUCAAUAAAUUAGCACAGAAAGUUUCAUUUCACCAAUGUAUUCAGUCAGAAACAAGCUCAUGUCUUUGUCUCUUGUCUACAUUCUUAGUUAAUGUUUCUUGCAUUUAUUUUUAUACCAUAUUUAAAUAAGAAACACCUUUUACUCCAAAUGUAUUAAAGUUGACCCCUUCUCUGUAAAUUUGUGUAUGUUUAUAUUGCUGUUUUAUCUUUCAUUAAAAGAUGCAGAAUCUCA